AUGGUUUACUUGGACUAUUUUAAUGAUGAUGAAAGGGUACCACCAAGACCAGAUCGGCGGGCAAUUAUAGACAGGAGCAACCCACUGAAUGAGUUUGAUGAAAUUAACUUUCGUGACCGUUUUCGUAUGUACAAACAAAAUGUAGCUGACAUAAUUAUUUUGCUUGAACCAAGGCUUUCAUCUCACUCUUUAAGGGGAAGGCCUAUCCCUCCUUCCUUACAAAUUCUGAUUACCUUGAGGUUUUUGGCAUGUGGAACAUUCCAUCGUGAAACAGGAGAUUUGUGUGGCGUGAGUGAACCAACAGUGUGUAAAAUAGUCCACCAAGUCUGCAAUGCUAUAUGUAAACUAAAAGAUGACUACAUCAAGUUCCCUGAUGCUGCUACCCAAGCCAUCUACAAGGUGCAGUUCUAUGAAUAUGGCAAUUUCCCUGGAGUCAUUGGCUGCAUUGAUGGGUGUCAUACUCCCAUAAAGCGUCCCUCGACACCAGAUGCUGAAGAGUACAGGAAUCAUAAAAACUGGUUCUCAAUAAAUGUGCAAAGUGUGUGCACUCCAACUAGGCAGUUCUCCAACAUUGUUGCACACUGGAAAGGUGCAAUUCAUGACUCAAGGACUUUCCAAAACUCCUCUUUGUAUGCUCAUUUGGAAGGAGGACAACAUAGUGGAAUCAUACUUGGUGACAGUGGGUAUGCACAGAACAACUUCUUGUUCACCCCCUAUCUUCAUGCAGUCACACCAGAGCAACAGAGGUACAACCAAGCACACAUCCGCACUAGAGGUAUAGUGGAGCACAUGUUUGGUGUGUGGUAG